AUGAACUCGUUGUACACUCUUGGUGUCCGACAAACAAGCUCCAUACAGGCUGAUUUGGAGCGAUUGCGCGGUGGAGACAGUUCCGCCUCCCUGCUAGGGCAGGUUUCAGCCUCCCUUUCUGCGAUGAACAGGACCAUCGACGAUUAUGACUCUAUGGCGCGCCGAGAGAUGAUAAAGGCGAAACAGGAGAAGGCCGUCGUGCGAGUGCAGAAAUUUCGGACCGACUACUUUGAGCUGAGAAAAGAGUUUGAGCGACUGAAGACGCAAGCGGAAGUUGAGCAACGUGCAGAGCUCUUUUCAGGCACAAAUCCUCUCUCACCCGGUGCCUCUGACGCACGACGACGCUUUACGCCCUCUGCGCCGCCAAACGCUCCCGAGCAUACCGAGUCGCCAUUUCGGACGCCAGAGCCUUUUAUGGCAGCCACGCGGGAGCAGCACGCGCUGCACGAACACUCGUUCCUGCAGAACACGGACACGCGGCUGGAUGAGUUCAUCGCGCAAGGCCGCGAGGUGCUAGACAACCUCGUUGAUCAGCGGAACAUGCUCAAGGGCACGCAGCGGCGGCUGCUAGACGCGGCGAACACGCUCGGGCUAAGUCGGGACGUCAUUGGCUGGAUCGAACGCAGGAGCACGCAGGACAUGUAUAUUUUCAUCGCAGGUGCUGUCUUUACGUUUUUCUGCUUCUAUCUUAUCUGGAGGUACCUUGGAUGACGGCGUAGGGACUGCUUGUGUACCAUAUGUCUCGGUAAUAACAAUGCGCAGACAGCAGCAACACGCCCUCUUGCUGCUGGGUGUCGUCC